GUUUCCCCCGGUCUCCAGUAAAGUGGAGCAGCAGAAGAUCCAGCUCUGAUCAGCAGCUCCACACCUCUGUACUCAGACUGCUCUGCUGGAGGAACACCAUCAGCUCACCUGCUGCAGAAAUGAGUGGUGCUCUGUUCUUGUUGAUCGAAGAGCAGAACAUGGCAUCCAGAGAAAUCUCCAAUACUCAGCAGACACCCUCUCCCUCACCUUACAGGCAAAUGCAGAACAGUACAGACGAGAAGAAAACUCACCACUGCUCAGACUGUGGGAAGAAUUUUAGUCAACAGUGUCAUCUCAGAACACACCAGCGCAUUCACACUGGAGAAAAACCAUAUCACUGCUCUGAAUGUGGGAAGAAUUUUAUUAAACAGAGUGAUCUCAGAGCACACCAGCGAAUUCACUCUGGAGAGAAACCAUAUCACUGCUCAGAGUGUGGGAAGGAUUUUAUUUAUCGGAGUAGUCUCCAAAAACACCAGCGCAUUCACACUGCAGAGAAACCGUAUAACUGUUUGGAGUGUGGAAGAAGCUUUAUUCAGCAGAGUGAUCUCAGCACACAUCAGCGCAUUCACACUGGGGAGAAACCAUAUCACUGCUCAGACUGUGAGAAGAGUUUUAAGCAUCUGAGCAGUCUCCAAAAACAUCAGCGUAUUCACACUGGAGAGAAACCAUAUUACUGCUCCGAGUGUGGGAAAAGUUUUAAUCAGCAAAGUCAUUUCCAGCGACACCAGCGCAUUCACACUGGAGAGAAACCGUAUCACUGCUCAGACUGUGGGAAAGGUUUUAAUCAACAAAGUCAUUUUCAGCGCCACCAGCUCAUUCACACCGAAGAAAAACCCUAUCACUGCUCAGAGUGUGAGAAGAGUUUUAAGCAUCAGAGUACUCUUCAACAACACCAGCGCAUUCACACUGGAGAGAAACCGUAUCACUGCUCAGACUGUGGGAAGAGUUUUAAUCAACAAAGUCAUUUCCAGCGACACCAGCUCAUUCACACUGGAGAGAAACCGUAUCAGUGCUCAGAGUGUAAUGCAAGGUUCAGGUAUUUACAGGCAUUCAAGAAACAUAAGUGCAUUAAGAGCAGCCUUGAAAAUGGGCAGUGUCAGGCCUAAACCAUUUGAGAUCCCAACCCAGAUCUAUUUGUGACUUAUGUAUAGAGUGAAAACUGUAGCUUUAAAAAGUGUCUGAAGUAUAUUCAGAAAACAAACCACACGUUAGGGUUAGCUUGUGCUAAAACACAAACAAGCUAGUUCAUGCUUAACAAAACUCAUUAUUUAAAAGUACUUACAUCUCUCUCAUCUGCUGACGUGCCACAGACAGUAGGUAGAGAUUUCUCUGUCAAACAGAGCCAGAGUCUGCUGGCUAAUCCUGCUAUGUAUUGUCUGAGGUUCUCAAUCAAAUGAAUUGUUGUGGCUCAUUGAACCUACACUAUCUGUUAUUUUUGUAUUCACUAGCUGUCUGUGGACUCUGUACUGACAUAUAUGUUGGGUUUUGAUGUUCAUAGGGCUUAGUAUUAAUAGCAUGUUUCAUAGUAAUUAAAGUAAUUAUAUAGUAGUAAUUAUAUAUAUAGUAGUAAUUAUAUAGUAUUUAUAGUAGUAAAAAUUGUUCAUAUGCAUGUUGUAUUUCAUUUUAUUUAAGUUUUAUCCAACUUCAAAUAAAUUAUUGAAAGAGAUAAACUGGGCAUCCUCUUCAGUGUGGUGAUUGGAGGAUUUGUCUAUCUGCUGUUUUCUGUAAGGUGUAUAAGCACACAGUGGACGGAAAUCAAAUUCCACCAGGACCAUGAUUCUAUGCAGAUUUAGCUCUCAUUAUUGAGUGUGGGGUAAUGAGGAUAAGAUGCAGAGUUAUGCAGUAUUCUAUUAUAUAUAGGUUUACACAGUUUAGCAUGC